UGUAACUGAUGUGGGAGUGUCUGCCUGAAUCUGAAGAGAGUUGGGAACAAUGGGGUGAAUUUUCUAAGUCAUCUCAAUGGCAUGUUGAUUUAUUUGCCCUCAGAGCCCUGCCAAUGUUAUCCCAACAGAGAACUCUGUAUGUGGCAGGAGAAGAAGAGUGCAUUGGGGCUAGCCAUCCAAGCAAAUAGCCACUGGGAUGGGUUUCUGGGCCUACAACAGACAGAAGGAUUCAACUCUUCUUCUUGCAAAACCAAGACACUUCUCCCAAGAUGCCAGAUUUUUGAAGGAGUUGGGUUCCUCCAAAGAACCGAACUGCUCUUUACAACUCCACUUCCCUUGAGAUCUCAGAGCUUCUUCAGCCAAUGGGAAACCAGUUCCUAAGAUCAUAAAAAACAUUGUCUUCUCAAUGGAUUUACAGAAUGAGAAGAGGUCUCCAGAGCACUUAGCCAGUGAAGAUGAGGCCCAGUUCCAUAUCCAUCAGGCAGACGGGAUCAGAAUCUGUGACCACUUUCUCCUAGGAAACUGUCCUGAAGGACCUGGCUGCCCACUCCACCACACUCGCUAUCCCUACCACUGGCAGUUAAGGCGGAGUGACAACAAAGCCUGGCAGAGUUUGAGUGACUCAGCUCAGCGGCACCUGGAAAAUCUUUACUGCAAUGUUAACAAAAGUCAUGCUCAUUUUUUGGACAACAAUAAUUCUUCUGGGAAACUUGCCCUGACUUCCUUGGAAGUGAUAACCUCUGAGACCUAUGACAAAGCAAGGCGUCUUUCCAACACCUGUGAUUCACAGCAGAACCCCCAUUUUCCCACACAGUGGGCAGUGUUUUGGAAAAAUGGUGAUAAAUGGAUAAAAUACGAGGAGCCCGUCUUCAGUGAUCUCCUCUCUGCCUUUGAGGAGGAUAAGGAAUUGCACAACUUCGAGCUCCGGGGCAAGAACUAUAGCGUGGAUUUGAAGAGGUUUGUGCAACAUAGCAUGGAACGGGGAUACGUUCGCCACAUCCAGCGCCGGCCUUCCUACCGAUCACUCCUCAGUAUGAUGCCAUACCUGCAGAUGAUCUCAAGUAAAGCCAGUAUACCCUCUUGUCCUACUCAUGACAUCCCUGGGGAAGAUCCCAUGGAUGGUUACUAUGGUCCAUACCCUGCUGCUUGGAUUCCACAGCCAACUGUUGAUCAGGCUUUCCUGCAAAUGGAGGUGACGCCAUCAGAAGCUGCAUACCGCUCUACUUGUGUUCUCUUCCACCAGUCUCUUCCAGAGGAUGAGGUCCUGGUGCUGGCAAUUUACAGGAUCCGGAACGAAGAUCUCUGGCAAAGAUAUACUAACCGGAAAAAAAUCAUGACUUGGGGAAGAACAAAGCUUGAGAAACUACAACUGGAGAAGCACCUCUUCUUUGGAACCUCAGCCAGAAACGUGGAGCCCAUUUGCAAGACAAACUUCAGCCAGUUCCUGCCGGAACAGCACAGCCCUAUUUUUGGCCAGGGCAUUUAUUUCUCAUUGACAGCAGAUUAUUCAAACCGAUACUCCCGUGCAAAGAAAGGUGGGAUGCGCUACAUGUUCCUGGCCAAGGUUUUAGUGGGCAAGACUGUGGCUGGGAGAGCACAUUACCGCCGGCCCCCAGAACAGGAGCCUGGUGGGCAACUCUAUGACUCUUGUGUCAAUAGUGUGACCAAGCCCCAGGUGUACGUGGCCUUUGACAACUUCCAGUGCUACCCCUACUUUCUUAUCCACUACAAGCUCCUCUCUGACCCUGUGGAGCUGUACAGCUGAUGGCACAAGGAGGAGGGGCUUUUAUGCUCUCUCUGAAUCAUCCACAUAAUGACUUCUACCAUCAGAACAUGAAGAGGGUUGGUUUUAGUCCUUCCCUUUCCUUCGAGCUAUACUCCUUGUAAAGGACUUUACAAAUAGUUCCUGGGCAUACAGAGAGUGCUAGCUGCAAGUACGUGUAGGCUGGGAUUUUCAAAGGUGCCUAAGGGAAUUAGGCACCCAACUCCCAUUGAAUUAGAAUGGAAAUUUGGCGCCUGAAUCCAAUUCAAAUUCAAGGGGAGUUGGAUACCUAGCUCUUGGGGUGGGAUUUUCAGAGGAGCCUUAAUCCUUUCAGUAUAGGAAAAACAUACCCAACUAAUUUCCACACCAUUCCUCCACCACCUUUUUGAAUUCUCACUGAUUAUCCCCUCUAUUCUUUCCCACAAUCCACAUUUACCCACCU